AUGUCAGAUGAAGAUGACCUGGAAGACUUCGAGCCAGACCAGGAUGAUCUGGAAAGGGAAGAUGAUGAGAAGGAGACAGAGGAGUGGGAGGACUACAGGAAGGAGGGAGAGGAGUCCGAGGAUUGGAUAUCCACACCCCUCACAGAGGACAUGAUGAAGGAAGGGCUUUCUCUGCUCUGCAAGACGGGUAAUGGACUGGCUCAUGCUUACGUCAAGCUGGAGAUUAAAGACAGGGAUCUGACAGACAUCCACCUCUUGCGUUCCUACAUCCAUCUGCGAUACGUGGAUGUUUCUGAAAACCACUUGACAGAUUUGUCCCCACUCAAUUACCUCACCCACCUGCUCUGGCUCAAGGCCGAUGGCAACCAGCUUCGGAGUGCCGGGCUGAACGAACUGCCCUACCUGCAGAUCGCCAGCUUUGCCUACAACCAGAUCACCGACAUGGAGGGCAUCUCUCAUCCUCGUCUGGCCAGCCUGGAUCUCAAAGGGAACCGCAUCCACAUGGUGACAGGUUUGGAUCCCCAAAAACUGAUCAGCCUGCACACGCUGGAGCUUCGGGGGAACCAGCUGAAUAGCACCCAGGGAAUCAACCUCCCUAAGCUGAAGAACCUCUUCCUGGCCCAGAACAUGUUGAAGAAGGUGGAAGGCUUGGAGAACCUAAGCAAUCUCACUACCUUGCAUCUUCGAGACAACCAGAUUGAGACUCUGAGUGGUUUCUCCAAGGAAAUGAAAUCAUUGCAGUACCUCAACCUAAGGGGCAACAUGGUGGCCGACCUGGGGGAGCUCGCCAAGCUGCGGGACCUACCCAGGCUGAGAGCCUUGGUGCUGCUGGACAAUCCAUGCACCGAUGAGAACGACUACCGCCAGGAGGCCCUGGUGCAGAUUCCUCAUCUGGAGCGCCUGGACAAGGAAUUCUAUGAGGAGGAGGAGCGGGCUGAGGCCGAGGAGAUCCGGCAGAGGAUGAAGGAGGAGCAGGAGCAGGAGGCUGAGGUCGAACCUGAGUCGGAACUGGACCAGUCAUCCACCUAG